AUGGUACUAUUAACUCAUAUUUGUUCAUACUUUGAAACUAAUUCUUUUUCGUUAAGUCUCAAAGGACCAGAGCAGUCAACAUACCUUAACGUUGCUUUUCGCACCAUUUACAAUGAAAAACUCAAUGCAGUAAAUGCACUUGAUCCUGCUAUUAGAUCACAAUGGACAAGUUUUCUGUCUAUGGCUUAUCAUUGGUGGAAACAUGAAAACGAUUUUGAAGAUUCACCAGGCGAAAUUCAUGGAUACUUUUAUAAACAUGCAAAUAACUUAUUCAAGACAGAAAAUUUGACUGUACAAUUAUUCACCCAGGGAGAUGGUUACCGAAUCGGUUCAACAGGAAUACUGCUUCCAUGA